AUGAAAUCAUCUGAGCAUAUUGAGAAAGUUAUUCAUAAACAACCGAAAGAUCAAAUUUUGAAGAACCGACUACGACUCAAGGCAACAAUUGAGAGUGUUCGGUGGCUUAAAUUUCAAGCAUGUGCUUUUAGAGGUCAUGAUGAAUCCAUAGAAUCAAUGAAUCGUGGAAAUUUCAUUGAAUUGUUAAAAUAUACAGCACAAUGGAAUGAUAAAGUUGCUGAAGUUGUUUUAGAGAAUGCCCCGAGGAAUGCUAAAUAUACCGCACCAUCGAUUCAAAAGCAAGUUUUACAUAUUCUUGCUGACAAAGUAAGAAACAAAAUUCGUGACGAAGUUGGGGAAUCAACUUAUUGUAUUCUUGUUGAUGAAGCAAAAGAUGCAUCUAAUAGAGAGCAAAUGGCCAUUGUUUUAAGAUUUGCUGAUGAGGAUGGUUUUGUACGAGAAUGUUUUUUUUUGAGAUUGCUACAAUUAGCAUUAGUUGCAGCAUCAAAAGAUGUGGCUCCUAUUUGGCUAUUCUUUUCAACACUAAAUUCCAUUAUCAAUCUUAUUACUGCUUCUCCCAAGCGCCAUGGUGAGUUACAAUCUACCCAAGAAAUUGAUAUUGCACAUAUGGUUGACACUGGUGAACGUGAGACAGUUGUUGAGACCUUGAUUAAGGAUGAAGCCUCUAAUUCUAUACGUGGGGAAGCGACUGCAUUCAAUCAAAUGAAAUUGAGCAUGUUUCCCAUCUCUUCUCGAGAAACAAGUGUGCCAAAAGAGGCUCUUAAGAAAUUAAGAUUGGAGGGUUGGGAUACUUUCUUUGAGGAAGUGGAAUCAUUUUGCAAAAAGCAUGACAUUGAUAUGCCAGAUAUGAAUGCUCCUUAUAAAGUUGGUACACGUCGUUCUUGUCAGCAACGUGAUGAUAUUACAAUUGAACAUCAUUACCAGGUUGAUUUAUUCAAUGAUAAAUAG